UGGCAAAUAUCGAUACGGAAAACGCACUCGGCGGACUCCGAGUUGGAAUAAAAUAAAUUAACAUCGGAAACUUUUGAGCGUUAACUUAUAUCCCAUUUCGCAACGCAUACUGGCAUGAUUUCUGUGAUCGUAGCAGCAAUCUCGACACUUUGUGUUUGACGUAAAUCUCGUGCGAUCCAGCCGUUCUGAUAACUAUCGAAAGACGACUAGAAUUGAUAUAAGAGUAAAACAAAUAAACACAUGCGCAUUGGCGCAUUGGCGCAUUCGACCAAAUAUUGCGUAGCGAUCAAUGCGGUGCUGAUGUUUUUGCGUCAAACUCUUUUUUUCCUGCGGUCAUUGAAAGCGGCAGUAGUUUGAUUGUGGCCCUGCGGAGCUAACGCCAUCACACACGGCGACGACGACAAGGCGAGCUUGCAAAUUGAUGGCCGCAACAGCAGCAGCGUUGAUUUGCACUUAUCGCCUUCCCCCGGAACGCCAAUGGAACAAUAGUGCCCCGGAUUUUUAUGUGCACUUUAAACGGCGCAGCGCUGAGGUCGGCCCGUAAAUCGCAGCGGAGGUCACUCGGAGGUCAGUCGGGACGAGAUGCGAGAUCGCCGCCUCCGCCGCCGUCGUCCCGGCUGAUUUUGUUGCGAAAAACGCCGCGUGGGUCAAAGGUCAAAGCUGAUAGAUAAUGGGCUGUGUGCAAUGCAAGGAUAAAGAAGCGAGCAAACUGACAGAGGAGCGAGAGGCCGGCGUCUCCCGGAGCGCGGGCUACCGCUAUGGGGCCGAGCCGGCGCCGCAGCACUACCCCGGCUUCGGGGUCGCCGCCAUCCCCAACUACAACAACUUCCACACGCCCGUCGGACAGGGCGUGACCGUUUUUGGGGGGGUCAGCGCUUCCUCUCACGCCGGAACCCUCAGGACCCGCGGCGGGACAGGAGUCACCCUCUUCGUGGCACUUUAUGACUACGAAGCGCGGACGGUAGAUGACCUCACUUUUAGGAAAGGAGAAAGGUUCCAGAUUAUCAACAGCACCGAAGGGGACUGGUGGGACGCUCGCUCCCUCACCACCGGCGGCAGCGGUUACAUUCCCAGUAAUUACGUGGCUCCGGUGGAUUCCAUCCAGGCGGAGGAUUGGUACUUUGGCAAACUGGGCCGAAAGGAGGCCGAGCGCCAGUUGCUCUCCACGGGGAACCCGCGGGGCACCUACCUCAUCCGGGAAAGCGAAACCACCAAGGGUGCCUUUUCCUUGUCCAUACGCGACUGGGACGAGGCGAAGGGCGACCACGUCAAGCAUUACAAGAUCCGCAAGCUGGACAGCGGCGGCUACUACAUCACCACCAGGGCCCAGUUUGACUCGCUGCAGCAGCUGGUUCGGCACUAUUCCGAGCGAGCCGCCGGUCUCUGCUGCCGCUUGGCGCUUCCCUGCCACAAAGGGAUGCCCCGCCUGGCCGACCUGUCGGUCAAAACCAAAGACGUGUGGGAGAUCCCGCGCGAGUCGCUGCAGCUGAUAAAGCGUCUCGGCAACGGCCAGUUUGGGGAAGUGUGGAUGGGAACCUGGAACGGCACCACCAAGGUGGCGGUGAAGACCCUGAAGCCCGGCACCAUGUCCCCCGAGUCCUUCCUGGAGGAGGCUCAGAUCAUGAAGAAGCUCCGCCACGACAAGCUGGUGCAGCUGUACGCCGUCGUGUCCGAGGAGCCCAUUUACAUCGUCACCGAGUACAUGGGCAAAGGGAGUCUACUGGACUUUUUGAAGGACGGGGAGGGACGAGCCUUGAAGUUGCCCAACCUCGUGGAUAUGGCUGCCCAGGUGGCGGCGGGUAUGGCUUACAUCGAGAGGAUGAAUUACAUCCACCGAGACCUGCGCUCCGCCAACAUCCUGGUGGGAGACAACCUGGUGUGUAAGAUCGCCGACUUCGGCCUGGCCAGACUCAUCGAAGACAACGAAUACACGGCUCGGCAAGGUGCAAAGUUCCCCAUCAAGUGGACGGCCCCGGAGGCGGCGCUCUACGGCAAGUUCACCAUCAAGUCGGACGUGUGGUCGUUUGGCAUCUUGCUGACGGAGCUGGUCACCAAGGGGCGGGUGCCUUACCCGGGCAUGAACAACCGCGAGGUGCUGGAACAGGUGGAUCGAGGCUACAGGAUGCCCUGCCCCCAGGACUGCCCCAUCUCCCUGCACGAGCUCAUGCUGCAGUGCUGGAAGAAAGACGCCGAGGAGCGGCCCACCUUCGAGUACCUGCAGGCCUUCUUGGAGGACUACUUCACGGCCACCGAGCCUCAGUACCAGCCUGGAGACAACCUCUAGAACCUUCUUGCCCUCUGCCUUGACGUCGGAACUAAAUGCAAAAAGACAAAC